UGUCAAUUUCACUUUUCAUUUCUAAGUUCUAACUGUUCCAACUUCAAACUUCUAACAGUCGUAACCUUAGAAUACUCAAAACCUGUUAUAGUCGAAAUGUCAGACUGUUAAAUUUAAAAAAUUUGUAGCUAACCYGAAACGGUCCAAAAGAUGGGAAAAGUACGUAGGUACAAGAAAAAAUUAGCCAAAGCUGCAGAAGGGACAACGAACGGWGGAAAUGAAGAACAACCCCAACAAACCAAUUAUUUGGAAUUGGCUGAAGAGCUAAUGAGAAUGAAGAAAGACGACGAUAAGAUGAGUGUCUGUUCCGUGAUGAAGAGUGUCAAAUCUUGUGGCGGUGGUGAAUCUCUGAAAUUGAAAAAGGAUGCAAAGCGGUACUUGAAACAUGCGUUCUUAAUAAAAAAGCUUGGGGUGACACAAAAAAAGUUGAAAAAAAGAAAAAAAAAGUCUAACAAUGAUAAUGACAGUGACAACGACGAUAAUCAUAGUGACGUUGAAAUGAGCAACCAAAAAGUACUGGAUUGGCCAGUCGGAAAAACAAAUAAUACCAAUCCACGAGGUGCCCCUGUUAAGAAACAUAGAAAAGGAUGCCAAAAAAAACAGAAUGCCCAAUUAGCUAAAGACUUGACAUUGUUUUCCAAAAAAAUUAAAAAGCAAUUGAAGCAUCCGKAUCAAAAUAUCCUCAAAACAUGAAUAAUUAUUUUUAAUGUUUGUAUUAUA